AUGUUCUCAACGAGGGUUUUUCUUGUGUGUUUGUUGAUUGGAGUGUCUUUGGCCGAGGAGGAAUCUGGAGCUGUAAAUGUGUUGACUGAGGUGAGAUUUUCAGAUUGAUGUUUGACUAGGAAACUAACUAUAAAUUAAAUACAGGAAAACUUCGAAGAAUUCAUCAAAAAAUACGAUUUCGUUCUCGUCAAAUUCUAUGCACCAUGGUGUGGACAUUGUAAAGCAAUGGCACCAGCAUUCGAAGGAGCUGCUAAUUCAUUCAAGGAUAGUGAAGAUACACGUUUGGCUAAAGUUGAUGCAACUGUUCAACAAUCCCUUGCUGCAAAAUAUGAAGUUCGUGGUUAUCCAACUAUUUUGUUCUUCAAAAAUGGUGUUCCACUUCAAUAUACUGGACCAAGAGAUGAACAAGGAAUUGUCAGUUGGGUGAACACUAAAAAAGGUCCGGCUGUUAUUGAUAUUGAUAGUGAAGAAGCUCUUAAUGACAAUCGCAACCAAUUUGUUAUUGUUGUUGGAUUGUUCGAGGUAAUUUCAUUUUUUCAUUGAUUCCUCUUUCAUUCUUCAAUUCUUUCUGUUUUAGAAUAAGAACGAGAUCUUUGAAAAACUUGCUGAAGAAAACGAUAACAAAAUCUUCGCCACCAUCUCCAACAAAGAUCUUCUCGAAAAACUCGAUCUUGUUUCGAAAUCUGGAAUUGCUGUGAUCACUAAGACCGAGGUCAAUGUUUUGCCAGAAUCAGAAAUCACUUCGGAGAAUAUCGCAGCACGAUUCAUUCAUGGACACAGUCUUUCAUUAAUCAAUGAGUUCAGCGAGACUUCAGCUCAACAAAUCUUCGGCGGAGUAAUCCAUGAAUUUUUGUUUGUUCUUGGUUCAAAAUCCAACGAUAAUUUUGAAGGAAUCUUCGAGCAAUGCGAAAGUGUUGCAAGAGAGAAUCGUGGAAAAUUGGUGUUGGUUUAUGUGAGCCCAGAAUCACCAGGAACUGAGCGAAUUUAUGAUUUCAUCGGUGUUCCACGUGAUACUCAACCAACUUUCCGAAUUUUGAAUCUUUCCGAAACACCAAAGAAAUAUAAACCAGCCGAAAAUCAAUCAGUCGCUGAUUUUGUAUUGGCAUAUUUCGAAAAUCGAGCAAUUCGUGAUUUGAAAACCGAAACUUUGCCAGCUGACUGGAAAGAUGGAAAUAUCAAAUAUCUUGUUGGAUCAAACUUUGUUUCGGUAAGUCUGUUGAAUCGAUUGACCUUCACAAAACAAUAACACUUUUCAGUUCAUCUCCUCAAACUCUGGUUACGUUUUCGUCAAAUUCUACGCUCCAUGGUGUGGUCAUUGCAAACAAUUCGCUCCAGUUUGGGAAGAACUCGCAAGCAAAUUCGCCUCAAAUGAAAACAUUGUUUUCGCCAAACUCGACUCAACCUCCAACGAUGUAAGCAGUUGAAUAUUUAGCAAUUUCAAAAAUCUCUGUUUUUCCAGCUCGAAAAUGUCACCGUCGAUUCGUUCCCAACUCUUAAAUUAUUCAAAAAUGGUCAAGAAAUUGAAACUUAUUCGGGAGAUCGAUCAGCGGCUGAUGUUGAGAAGUUUAUCAAUAAAUAUAUCAACGCUGCCAAUGAGGAAGAUCAAUCGAUUGAAAAUGAAGAUGAUGAGAAGGUUCAUGAGGAAUUGUAA